UUAACAGGAGUGUAUAUAAGUGUCUCACUCCUCAAACACACGCUGGAUAUCUUUAUGUGUGGAUCACAAGUUCAGAUAUGAAGAUGUUUGGUCUUCAACUGUUUGUUUUGAUUUGUUUGUAUGCUGCAGUACAGACAUCCAGUCAAACAGACUCCAGCUCUUUUCUCAUCUACAAUGAGGAUCACAACAGAUGUGUGAAUGUCAUUAAUGCCAGUGUUAUACAGACGGCACCGUGUGAUGUAUCUUCUGACGCUCAGCGUUUCCGAUGGGUUUCUUCUUCAAGAAUUAUCAGCGUCUCUCUUAAACUCUGUUUGGGAGCUCAAAGACUUAAAGACUGGGUGAAAGUGAUUCUUCUGCCCUGUAAAGAGCUCAAUCGUCUACAGACCUGGGAAUGUAAGAAUGAGACCUUGUUUGGCUUAAAGGGAAAACCGUUACAUCUGAACUAUGGCAAGCGAGUGGAACAGAACAUGUUGCUUUCUAAAGGAAAUGGAUCUUGGAGUCGCUGGCAGAUUUAUGGGACUACAGACAAUCUGUGUUCUCAUGAAUAUCAAGAGAUUUAUACUCUGGGUGGGAACUCAUUUGGAAAGCCAUGUCAGUUUCCCUUUAAGUUUAAUGACAAGUGGUACGCUGAGUGCAUCAUGGAGGGAAGAUCAGACGGCAAACUGUGGUGUUCAACUGAGACAAAUUAUGAUACAAAGAAGAAGUGGGGCCUCUGUCCAGACAAACGCGUCUCAGGAUGGGACAGUGAUCCAGUAACUGGUGUAUUAUAUCAGAGAAACACACAAUCAGCACUGACCUGGCAUCAAGCUCGAGCCAGCUGCCAACAACAAGAUGCAGAUCUUCUCAGUAUAUCAGAACUACAUGAACAGUCUUAUAUAUCAGGCUUGACAGAUCUCUUGGGUUCAGCUUUAUGGAUCGGACUCAACAGUCUUGACUUUGAGAGUGGAUGGCAGUGGAGUAAUGGAAACCCAUUCAGAUAUCUCAACUGGGCUCCUGGUAAUCCCUCUCUGGAGCCAGGCCUUAACUGUGCUGCAUUAAACGCUGGUAAAGCAUCCAAGUGGGAAAGUCUGGCCUGCAGUAAGAAGUUAGGUUACAUUUGCCGCAAGGGAAAUUCAACAGAUCUCACGCCUUCAACAGGUAAAGAUCAGCCUAACUUCUGUCCAGUGCCGUGGGUGCUGUACGCUGGUCACUGUUAUUAUCUGCAGCGCACAAAUAAGACAUGGAGUGAUGCUUUGACUGCAUGUCACAGAGAACGAUCAGAUCUGGCCAGCAUUCACAAUAUAGAAGAACACAGUUUCAUCAUAUCACAGACUGGAUACAUGUCGACUGAUGAGCUCUGGAUUGGUCUUAAUGAUCAAAGGAUUCAGAAUCUGUUUGAGUGGUCAGAUAGCUCACACGUCACCUUCACUAAAUGGUUUGUUGGAGAACCUUCACACAUCACAAAUCGAAUGGAAGAUUGUGUUCUUCUCACAGGACAGGAGGGAAAGUGGUCAGAUCAUCUGUGUGAGUCAGCUCAUGGUUUCAUCUGUAAGAAGAAAGCUUCCAUUAAACCUGAAGGAUCUCCAGAGGUCAUCAGUCCUGGAUGUCCAGCUGGUUGGUUUAGGUUUGGCUAUAACUGUUAUAGCGUUGCCAUGGAAACCAAAACGUUUGAUGAUGCCAAACUGAUGUGUGAGCAGACCGCAGCUAACCUGGUUGAUGUUGGCAGCAGAUAUGAGAACGCAUUUCUCAUCAGUCUGGUUGGUCUUCGACCUGAGAAAUAUUUCUGGAUUGGUUUGUCUAAUACUCAUCAGACUGAGCAAUUCCAGUGGAUCAAUGGUGCUAAAGUCAAGUUUACACACUUUAAUGUAGGCAUGCCAGAUAAGCACAAAGGUUGUGUGGCAAUGUUAACAGGAACUUCAGCAGGAUUAUGGGAUGUAUUGGCCUGUAACACUACACAGAAAUACAUCUGUAAGAAAAUGGCAGAAGGAGUCACCACAACCCGAGAGCCUCCGAUCCUACGACCUCUCAGCUGCCCGGCUAAAUGGACUAAAAAAGACCCAGCAAGUUGUAUUGGGAUCUACAAAAAUAAGAAGGAGAAGAAGAAGACUUGGUUUGAAGCGCGUGACUUCUGUCGAGCUAUUGGUGGUGAUUUAGCGAGCUUUCAUUCAGAAAAUGAAAUUAAUGUGUUAUGGUUUUUUGACAUAUCAGACCCAACGUGGAUCGGCUUCACUUCAUUGGACAGUAAUUCUGGUUUUGUGUGGUCAGAUCAAACUCCUUCCGAUUAUGAGAACUGGUCCUAUGGUGAACCAAACAACGUCAACAAUAAUGAGAACUGUGCUGAAUUUGGCAGUAAUUAUGGACGCCAGUGGAAAGAUCGUGAUUGUGAUACUUAUUUAGACUGGAUCUGUCAGAUUCCAAUAGGCAUAACUCCAAAAUCCCCACCGACAUCAGUCAUUCAAGAAUAUAACAAGACAUCCGAUGGCUGGAUUCAGUACAGUGGCAGUCAGUAUUUCAUAAAUCUUGAUUUUUGCCCUAUGGAAGAAGCUCGUGAAUUCUGUAAGAAGAAUCAUGCUGAUCUUGUUGUCGUCACUGGUAAUACUGAGAGGAGAUUUUUAUGGAAGCAGAUAUCGAGACUUGGAGAAUCACAAACUCAGUACUUCAUCGGGAUGACUGUAGAGUUGGACAAAUCAUUUAGUUGGGUGGACGGUUCACCUGUUGUAUACACUGCAUGGGAACAAAAUGAACCAAAUUUCUCCAACAAUGAUGAGAACUGUGUGGCCGUUUUGAAAAGCUCAGGAUUCUGGAAUGAUGUUAAUUGUCGUUUAUCGUUACCCUCAAUCUGUAAAAGAAGUGCUGAUUUUGUCAACACCACCAUGUCUCCAACCACUGUAUCAGCGGGCAGCUGCGCUCCUGAAUGGACUCUGUUCAGAGGAAAAUGUUACAAGUUUUUCAAUAAUAAGAUGUCAUGGCAUAAAGCACAAGAUCACUGCAUUUCUAAUGAAGGCAAACUGGUGUCUAUUUGGAGUCGCACAGAGCAAUUUUUUCUCACAACUUUAAUGCUAAGUGCUGUUGAUGACGUGUGGAUCGGUGCAAAUGACAUUGCCACAGAUAAAAAAUUUGUGUGGACUGAAAAUCGAGCUGUCAGAUACACAAACUGGCUCAAAGGUCAACCUUCAUCAUGGGGCUAUAGAUGUGUUGUGAUGGUUAAACACUCAGAGAAGUCCACUGGUAUGUGGAAAAAUGCAGACUGUGAAAAUGAGAAAGGUUUCAUCUGCAAGAGGAACACAGACUCUCAGCUGUUUGCUCCCGUGACCACAGCAGUACCACAGAAAUACUUCAGUCUGGGCAAUGAUUCAUAUAAGGUCCAGCUGGAGAAGAUGAGCUGGGAUGAAGCGAGAAGACAGUGUAAAGCUGAUGAUGCUGAUCUUGCGAGUGUACUGGACUCCAUCAGUCAGGCGUACACCAGGCUACAAGUCGACAAACUCAAAGAACCUUUGUGGAUCGGACUCAACAGUAACCUGUCAGGUGGACGCUAUCGCUGGGUGGAUAACUGGUUUCUAAGAUACAGUAAAUGGGCUACAGGAGAACCCAAAAACAAUUUAGCUUGUGUUUAUAUUGACACGGAUGGAGACUGGAAAACUGCAGCGUGUAACAACAGAUAUUAUUCCCUCUGUAAAAGAUCAACAGUUUUUGCCCCUACAGAUCCUCCUCAGCUGCCGGGUAACUGCCCCGAAUCAGAUCACAGGAACAGUUGGAUCCCGUUUAGAGGACACUGCUAUACAUUCAUGACCGCCGUAAAAGACAUCUGGGUUCAUGCCACAGUAGACUGUAUAACAAUGGGUGCAUCUUUAGUGAGUAUUGAGGAUCCAAUAGAAUCACAGUUUAUCCGACAAAACCUGGAGAUCCUGCAAGUCAAGUCAGCCUGGAUUGGACUUCACCCCAGUAAUAAGGGUAAUUGGAUGUGGAUUGAUAAUACGGUUGUGGAUUACAUGAACUGGGAACCGCAGAUGCCGGAUGAUGUUUACAUUUGUGUUGAAGUUCAGUCAGACACUGGGAUGUGGAGCACCAGCAGCUGUGAUGAACACAGAGGUUAUAUCUGCAAGACUGCUAAAGUUAUACCACCGACAGAGAAGCCAUCAGUCUCAGAAGGAGUCACUACAACCCGAGAGCCUCCGACCACACGACCUCUCAGCUGCCCGGAUAAUUGGAUUAAAAAAGACCCAGGAAGUUGUGUUCGGAUCUACAGAAAGGAGGAGGAUGAGAAGAAGACUUGGUUUGAAGCGCGUGACUUCUGUCGAGCUGUUGGUGGUGAUUUAGCGAGCUUUCAUUCAGAAGAUGAAAUGAAUGUGUUACCGUAUUACAGCUUAGCUGCAGCGUGGAUCGGCUUUACUUCAUUGGACAGUAAUUCUGGUUAUGUGUGGUCAGAUCAAACUCCUUCUGAUUAUCAGCACUGGGCCUCUGGUGAACCAAACAACGUCAACAAUAAUGAGAACUGUGCUGAAUAUGGCACUAGUUAUGACCGCAAGUGGAAUGAUCGUGAUUGUGAUACUUAUAUGGACUGGAUCUGUCAGAUUCCAAUAGGCAUAACUCCAAAAUCCCCACCGACAUCAGUCAUUCAAGAAUAUAACAAGACAUCUGAUGGCUGGAUUCAGUACAAUGGCAAUCAGUAUUUCAUAAAUUUUGAUUUUUACUCUAUGGGAGAAGCUCGUUACUUCUGUAAGAAGAAUCAUGCUGAUCUUGUUGUCGUCACUGGUAAUACUGAGAGGAGAUUUUUAUGGAAGCAGAUAUCUAGAAGUGGAGUAUCACAAACUCAGUACUACAUCGGGAUGACUUCAGAGUUGGACAAAUCCUUUAGUUGGGUGGACGGUUCACCUGUUGUAUACACUGCAUGGGAACAAGAUGAACCAAAUUUCGCCAACAAUAAUGAGAACUGUGUGACUGUUUUGAGAAGCUCAGGAUUCUGGAAUGAUGUUAAUUGUGGUUUAUCGUUACCCUCGAUCUGUAAAAGAAGUGCUGAUUUUGUCAACACCACCGUGUCUCCAACGACUAUAGCACCGGGGGGCUGCACUCCUGAAUGGACUCUGUUCAGAGGAAAAUGUUACAGGUUUUUCGAUAAUAAGAUUUAUUGGGAACAAGCACGAGAUCACUGCAUUUCUAAUAAAGGCAAUCUGGUGUCUAUUUGGAGUCGCACAGAGCAAUCUUUUCUCACAACUUUAAUGCUAAGUGCUGUUGAUGACGUGUGGAUCGGUGCAAAGAACAUUGCCAUAGAUAAAACAUUUGUGUGGGCUGAACAUCGAGCUGCCAAAUACACAAACUGGCUCAAAGGUGAACCUUCAUUAAUGGGCUAUGACUGUGUUGUGAUGGUUAAACACCCAGAGAAGUCCACUGGUAUGUGGAAAGUUGUAAGCUGUGGAGAUAGGAAUGGUUUCAUCUGCAAGAGGAACACAGACUCUCAGCUGUCCGCUCCCGUGACCACAGCAGUACCACAGAAAUACUUCAGUCUGGGCAAUGAUUCAUAUAAGGUCCAGCUGGAGAAGAUGAGCUGGGAUGAAGCGAGAAGACAGUGUAAAGCUGAUGAUGCUGAUCUUGCGAGUGUACUGAACUCCAUCAGUCAGGCGUACACCAGCCUACAAGUCGACAAACUCAAAGAACCUUUGUGGAUCGGACUCAACAGUAACUUGCCAGGUGGACGCUAUCGCUGGGUGGAUAACUGGCUUCUAAGAUACAGUAAAUGGGCUACAGGAGAACCCAAAAACAAUUUAGCUUGUGUUUAUAUUGACACGGAUGGAGACUGGAAAACUGCAGCGUGUAACAACACAUAUUAUUCCCUCUGUAAACGAUCAACAGUUUUUGCCCCUAACGAUCCUCCUCAGCUGCCGGGUAACUGCCCCGAAUCAGAUCACAGGAACAGUUGGAUCCCGUUUAGAGGACACUGCUAUACGUUCAUGACCUCCACGAGUGACAUCUGGGCUAAAGCCACAGUAGAAUGUAUGAGAAUGGGUGCAUCUUUAUUGAGUAUUGAGGAUUCAAUAGAAUCACAGUUUAUCCGACAAAACCUGGAGAUCCUGCAGGAUGAAGUCAAGUCAGUCUGGAUUGGACUCCACCGCAGUCAUAAGGGUGAUUGGAUGUGGAUUGAUAAUACGGUUGUGGAUUACACAAACUGGAAACCACGGAUGCCGGAUGAUGUUAACAUUUGUGUUGAAGUUCAGUCAGACACUGGGAUGUGGAGCACCAGCAGCUGUGAUGAUCGCAGAGGUUAUAUCUGCAAGACUGCUAAAGUUAUACCACCAACAGAGAAGCCAUCAGUCUCAGAUGAUUGUCAGGUAGAUCAGAGGUGUCAUGGAUGGCUGGCAUCGCUGUGGUGGUCGUGUUGGUCAUAAUUGCUGUCGCAGGUCUUGCUGGGUUCCUGUUCUUUAACACCUACCCUUCAUACUGUAAUCAAUAUUAACGUCAAUUAAACAUGGAAUCCUCGUCAUAUUCUUAUAGAGUACACUGACAAAACGAGAAACAUUUAUGAAUGAUUUUAUUGCUAUUUUACACAUUAAAUGCCUUAAAGUUCCAAUGAGAAACACAGAAUUUUUGACAGAAAACUUCAUGACAUACAACCACUUAAACCAAAAAGCUAAACAUGUCACAUAUAUUUGGAAGCUGAGAUUCUUGUGAUUAGAAUGAUCUAAACUCUUUUAUACAAUCAACACAACUAACCUUUUUUUUUCAAGAAUGCAAAAAUUGCAUGCACAUAACUACCAAGAUUUGAGGUUUUUACUUUUUGUAAUGAAACAUUUAUAUUCUUUUGAAUUAAUGUGAUCUUUUUUGUAACACUUGUUGUGUAAGAUGCAAACUAUACAACCUUUAUAAGCCAAGUAUUAUAACCAAUUUAAUAUUCAAUCCUUGGGAACAAUAGAAACCUGUGGUUUGUUAUUUUAUACUCCAAGUGUUGUUUUUACUCCAAGUGAAAAAUAUUAUAAUCACUAAAUUAGGAAUAUAUGCAUUAAAGCUCUUAAAUUGCAUGAUUAACAAAAAGAAGACAUAUAUAUGAUUUUUAAAUUGAUUUAUUAAGAGUAGAGAGAUUGAUGCAUGUAUUAGAUAAGAGAUACAUUAUGCUUUGAUGCAUGAUUUGCAGACCUGUGAAAGUGCAGAAGAGCUCGGAGAAGAAGAACAAAGAAACUCUGUCAUAUAUAUAUAUAUAUAUAUAUAUAACAUGAUAAAUGUCAGAUCAAAGGCGUUCCAUGGGGCUCCAUGUAUAAAGAACUUGGACUUGAAACCUUGUCUAUAAAUUGAUGCCUCUGAAGAACUUAUUCAGAUCUGGACGGCACAGCCAGCAUCUCCGUUGUCUGACAACCUGAAAUCUUGUGUGCUCUAGACUUAGCAUUUUUUUAGACUCUGUAUAUUUGUUUCUGUUCUUUUUUUAUCUAAUUCAGAAAAACUUGUAAUCGCAAACA